AUGAGUGCGGGCACAGAUGAUGAGAGUCUUGCAAAGUACAAAGCCACCUUGCUAGGCUCAUCUCCAACCGAUAUCAUCGUUGAUGAGAACAAUCCGAAAAUUGUUAUCGUCAAAUCGAUUACCUUAUUAGUGGAUGGUCGCGAAGACAUCAGAAUGGAACUCGAUGACCGUGGUGCCGUCGAAGAGCGGACGUUUGUUUUAAAGGAGGGAUGUCAAUAUAGGCUCCGAUUCGAAUUUUACGUUCAACGUGAGAUUGUCACCGGUCUGAAGUAUAUUCAUAAAGUAUCUCGUCAUGGAAUACAAGUUCUGAAGGAAACGUUCAUGGUCGGAUCAUAUGGUCCGAAAAAAGAAUUGCAGAGCUACACAACACCCAUUGAGGAAGCACCAUCAGGCCUACUUCAUCGUGGACGGUACAAAGUCAAGUCCCAAAUGACGGACGAUGAUGAUCAUGACUGGUUAACGUGGACUUGGGUGACAGAAAUUACCAAGGAAUGGUAG